GAAAUAAAUACAAAUCGUGCAAACAAAAUCGCGAGUGCGUUUUUUGUUUAGAUCAUCAGUGAAUGCAUUGCGCAUCAACAGUGACAUGACCGCCACUGCCAUUUUCCCAGUCCACGGCGGCAAACCGGCCCCAACUUUGCCGGAACCUGGUGUGGCAAACCGGUACGACAAUGGCUACCUCCGGAUCAAGUGCCACAAGCUGGAACUCGCACAAAUCACGCUUGGCCUCAUCGCGCUCGCCCUGACCCAGCCGGACCAUUUGGCGGGCCAAACCGGGUUCGGGUACGUGUUCCAGUUUCUGGCGCUGCACCUGCCCCUUCUGACGGCCUCCGCCCUGUGGGACGGCCUCAGCGGGAAGCGGCUAGCGACCGUGUUGCAGCUGGACCCCUGGGUUUGGGAGCUGUACUUUAACUUUGUCGCGGCCACCCUGUACUACGCGGGAUCGUUCGCCGUGCUCGGCACCUCGAUUGGGCACUACAACCCGAGGACGAACAUCCUGGCCGGGGUGGCCGGGAUGUUGGCCUGCCUGGGGCACGGCUACCAGUGGUGGGUGCUGUUUAGGGAGAACGCACUGAGGCGCGCUGUUGAGGAUGAGGUUAGGGAAACCGUUCGGAACGAGAGGGUGGCCGGUGGAGUUGUGAAUGUUUGAAGGAAUCGUUGAUGUUGUGAUUUUUACAAAUAAAACAAACAAGCUACUUCCAGCAAAUUAUGCUUAUACACUAUA